AUGGUCAGCAAAUCCGGCACCGUUCACCCCGGGUCGAUCGCCUCCCGCGUCCGCAAAGCAGCCAAGGACAUGGAGAAUCUCCUGGCCGGAAGCCUCUGCAACGAGCCCAAGGACGCAAAAGAGCACAUCGAAUACGACUGUGUAAUGGUAAACCCGCUGAUCCAUCCGGACGGCAAGUCGGAACCUAUGCAUAUGAAGUCGGAGCCGACGCUUACCGAGGCCAUUGACAAGCUGGCCGAGAAGGGCCAGCUGAUCAGCUGGAAGAUCCACAAGGAGGACCCCGAGCCCGCCAUCGCUGAGGUCGAUAUGAUGGGCGUCCAGAUCAUUUACCGCGUCACGGUCAUCAAGUCGGAUAGCGGCAGCACCGACCUGGACCCGGAUGAGAUGGAUAAGGUGGAGGCGUGGUGCACGAGUACGUGGAGACAACUCGCUGGAGGGGAUUGGAAGCUGGUUGCGCAGUUAUUCGUACCUAUAUAA